GUCCGUCGAAGUCCAAACCGAGGUGCGACCAUCAUCACGGGUAGGAUAGAGAGAGAGUACAGAGAAACAUCAGAACCAAGCAAAAGAGACCUCGUCUAAUCUAAAACUACAUUCACGAGGCUGCUGAAAAAAAGAACCAAAAAAAAAACCCCCAAAGUUUUUCACCGAGUCACGCCACUUGACAUCGUUACGUUUUUAAAUCUAUCUGAGCCACCCAAUAUCAGCGGGAGGAAGAAGUAUGAGCACCUUCAAACGCAUGCAGGACGACUUCAACCAGAUGGUGGAUCGCCUGCAGGAGUACUCGGGCCUGGACAAACACUUGCUCAAGAACAUCGCCAUGUACGCCAAGUGUCUGCCCCGCAAGGACUCGGACAUGAUCGACGAGCCCAUCUUCAUGGCGCAGAUGUCCAACCGGUUCAAGCUGAGCAACUCCUUCAUGAUCUCGCGCAUCUACUCGGUCACCAAGACGGCCAAAGCGGGGCACGCUACGGUGGAGGAGUACUGCCGGCUGAUCUGCACCUUCCUCACCGACAGCCUCGACACCCAGAUCGACUUCGUCUUCCGGGUCUACGAUACCAACCAGGACGGGGGCAUCAGCCAGCUGGAGCUGGUGCAGCUGCUGCGGCCCUGCGUGACCAGCUCCGACGAGGACGUUGACCUGGACGAGGCGCUCCGCGAGCUCAUCGAGGUGGUCAUGCAGGCCACCGACACCAACCAGAACGGCACCAUCGACCUGGAGGAGUUCCGGCAGCUGGUCAAGAAGGACAUCCUCAUGCUGCAGUGCCUGGGGCCCUGCCUGCCGCACCAGCAGGUCGUCAAGCAGUUUCGGAAGCUGAUCGAGGGCAAGGCGGCCAACGAGGGGGCCGAAACAUUCGCCAACGAGAGGAAAAAAUCGCUGAAGGAGGUGGAGAUCAAGAGCAAAGAAGGCCUGUAUCCUAUCAAACUAGAGCUACCAUAAAAAAAAAAGAA